ACAAAAUACCGCUUCCAAUAGUUUAUGAAUAUUUUUGAGCAUUUUCUUUUGUUUUAACUAUAUUUAUAUUCGAAUGGAUCAAUUGUUAGAAUAAAAUUAUUCCAUUUCAAAUAAUUUAGGGGUAAUUUGUGGCCUAUUUUCCCCUUUUUAUAGUGAAUAUCAAAAUACAAAUAAUAUAAAUUGCUAGUGCAAUAAAAAGUCAAUCCAGUAAUUCUUUAUUCUUUCUCUUACGUCAUAAAAAAACAAGGUUUCCCUUCCUCUUUCUUCUUGGUUUUUCACUCUUACUGCGCACUGCAUCUUCUUAGCUUCCUCUGAAGGGCUUUAGGUCUCAUAAUUAAUCUAAAAUUAGCAUCUUUCGUUCCUUUGAACAGCAAUUUGUUUAAUGGAAAUGAGAAGGAUAGCAAACUGAACAGCAAUUUGUUGGCUGGUAAUGAUCAUAAUAUGGUGCAUAAAUGUACUUCACUUUUCAGAAGACUGCACUUUCUCGCCCCCAAUUCUUCCUCUACUGCUGCUGUUAUUGGGAGGCCUGUUGUAAUAUCUCUUGGUGAUUCACUUUAUACUACUGUUAAUCAAGUUGGCUGUCACAGUCGCUAUGAGAAGAUUGGCAAAGUAAAACUAGCUCAGGACCUAGCCGGUUUGGUUCAAGAAUGUUUGAACAUGGAGAAGAAUAAUAAUCCCAAAGUAUCUAAGAACUUGGUGCCUAUGGUUGAGAAGUCAAUUGAUGUUGAGGAGAAGAAACAUGGAGUGUCAUUGGCGCAGAACUUAGCCAGCUUGGUGGAAGAGUCUUAUAAUCUUGAUGAAAGUAAACCCGUGAAUCGGGUGGAACAUAAAAGAUUACUUGAACUACGCAUAAAAAAGAGAGUUAAGGAACAGUAUGUAAAUGGGAAGUUUCAGAACCUCAUAAAGAAAGUGAUUGCCAAUCCAAAAACACUUUGUGAUGCUUUUGAUAGUAUGCGGUUGAGUUCCAAUGUUGAUCUAGCAUCAGAUAUUGAGAAUUUGCCUUUUGAAGCCAUGGCUGAAGAGCUUUCUUGUGGGAAUUUUGAUGUGAGUGCUAACACAUAUUCAAUCUCAACAAGGGGCUCAAAGAAAGAAGUCCUUGUUUUUCCAAAUGUAAAACUCAAAGUUGUUGAGGAAGCAAUCAGAAUUGUAUUAGAAGUUGUCUACCGACCUCAUUUUUCGAAGAUAUCACAUGGUUGCCGUAGUGGAAGGAGCCAUUUAUCUGCUCUUAAAUACAUUCGCAAAGAGAUAAUUAAUCCCAAGUGGUGGUUCACCCUGCCAGUUUGCAAAAAGCUUGACGAUCGUAUCCUAGGUAAGCUCUUUUCAGUCAUGGAAGAUAAGAUAGAUGAUCCUUUCCUAUAUGCAUUACUGUGUAGUAUGUUUGACUGUGGGGUAUUGAACUUAGAAUUUGGUGGUUUUCCAAAAGGACAUGGUCUCCCGCAAGAAGGAGUGUUGUCUCCAAUUUUAAUGAACAUAUAUCUUGACCUCUUUGACCAUGAAAUGUACAGGUUGUCAAUGAGAUAUGAAGCUAUUGAUAAAGGAUCAAGCGCUGAGGAAGGUCUGGCCAACUCCAUGCUACGCAGUUGGUUUAGGAGACAGAUAUCUGGUAAUGGUUCUCAAGAAUGCAAUGGUAUGGGCAACUCUGGAAUUAGGGUGCAUUGUUGCCGCUUCAUGGAUGAGAUUCUUAUUGCCAUCUCUGGUCCCAAAGAGGUGGCUGUUGCCAUUAAGUCUGAAACUGAAAAUUACUUUAAGAAUUCUCUUCAUUUAGAAUUUGAAAAUGAAAUAGAUGUUUUUCCAUGUGAUGGGCCUACUGGCAUUCGCUUUUUGGGAAGUGUGGUUAAAAGAAGCCUGAAAGAGAGUCCGGCUGUAAAGGCUGUUCACAAAUUGAAGGAAAAGGUAACAUUAUUUUCUUUGCAGAAAGAGCACUCGUGGAAUAUCGGGACAGCAAGAAUUGGCAAGAAAUGGCUGGCUCAUGGUCUGAAGAAAGUAAAAGAAUCGGAGAUUAAGCAUCUCUCUGAUGGUAGCUCCCUUUUGAGCCAAAUCUCGUGUUUUAGAAAAGAUGGGAUGGAAACUGAUCAUUGGUACAAAGUCUUACUAAAAGUUUGGAUGCAAAAUAAAAAUGUUAAAUGCGACAGGAAUGAGGAUGUUAUAUUAUCUAAGCAUAUUGUCGAACCAGCUCUCCCUCAAGAUUUAAGAGAUUCGUACUAUGAGUUUCAGAAGCGUGUUCAGGAAUAUAUAUCUUCUGAAACAGCUUCUACUCUUGAACUGUUGCCAAACUCCAACUCUUCAACAUUAGUGACGCAGAUCAUAGCUCCAAUCAGCAUCAUAAGGAAGCGACUUUUUCGAUAUGGGUUGACAAAUUCUGAAGGAUAUCCUCGGCCAUGUCAUCUGCUAGUUUUUUGGGAUGACAAUGAAAUCAUUGACUGGUAUUCAGGUUUAAUAUGCCGGUGGCUGAGAUGGUAUGCUGAGUGUGACAACUUUAAUGAGGUAAAGCUCACUAUUUGUAAUCAACUAAGGAUGUCUUGCAUCAGAACUCUGGCAAUAAAGUAUAGAAUACAUGAGACUGAGAUAGAGAAGAAAUUUGAUUUUGAAUUAAGCAGAAUUCCUGCAACUGAAGAUAUUGAGCUUGAGAUAACCAAUGAAGCAACAAAUUCUGAAGCUUUUGAUGAUGAUGCCUUAAUGUAUGGAAUAGCAUACAGUGGACUAUGUUUAUUCUCUUUGGCAAGAAUGGUGAGUCACACACGUCCUUGCAAUUGCUUCGUUAUAGGAUGCAUGGCUGCAGCUCCUCGUGUAUACACUCUUCACGUGAUGGAAAGACAAAGGUUCCCUGGUUGGAAGACUGGAUUUUCUAGUUGUAUCCAUCCCAGUUUACAUAGAAGGCGACUUGGGUUGUGUAAACAUCAUCUGAAGGAUCUUCUUCUCGGACACAUUUCACUUCAAUCUAUUAAUUUCGGUGCUUGGAGAUGAAAGAACCUCUCCUGCUGCAAAGUGGUAAAUCUUCUGCGUAGAUGGAUUGGAGAAGACAGAGAGAUGGGAAACCAUGUAAUUUUGAGACACUGGUUUUAUUGUCUAUCUGUGAUUGAAGUAAUCCAUCAUUUGACUUCGGAAAUGUCCAAAUCAUGAUACUCAAAUUCGCUGUGGCAAAUCAUGCUAAAAGCUCAAAUUUUGUUAGCGUAGCUGUUCGUGAAAGUCGUAUGAUGUUGGUCUGAUGCUGAAAAAAUGAGAUAGUUCAAAGAAACUCAUGUUAAGGUAAAUUUUAUUGUAUCCACUCCCUGAAAGCCGAGUUAAGUUCAUUUUCCUGCUCAGUUUAGGUAGUUAUAUUAUUUUCGUGUGUUUCACUUUUCAGAUCUGUAUUUCCUGGAACUUUCACUGACCUGGAAUAUUCUGGAAAAUUGUGAGGAAUGUAUAUUUGGCAAAAAAAAAAACUCGAGACUUUCAAUUA